AUAUCUCACUGUUAGACACUUGCGGACGACCGUGGCAUCACGCUGCAGAGAGGCAACAAUCAGAAACUGUAUACAAUUUAAUAGACUACAUGUGCUUUUAUGAUUGUCUUUCUGUGCGAACGCUCAUGUUGUCCCGAGUCAUUACUCAACUCUGAGCUUUGAUCCGGGUAUAUUUUCAAUCUUUUUUUGUUAAAUAUUACGAUUUCUGAAUGUCAGACUCAAAGAUGCCAGCCACAACACAUGGGGUUGGAGUGUUCUUGGAGCUGAGAAAAAGGCUGCAGAGUGGACUACUUAUCGUCAGGUACUUUCUUCAUUUGAUACCUGGUUACAUACACGUGGCAUUGUUAUUUUGAGCGAAAAACUUCAAAUUAAGAAGGUAACAAUCAAAGUUAGGAUCCGUCGCUAAAAGCACUAUCAGCUCAGUUUAAUGUAUGGACAGUGAUGCUGCAGUUUACAAACAGACAGGCAUGGUAGUAUUAGGGCCUUCUAUUUAAGGGGGUUUGUGAGGGGAUGGGGACCUAGGUGUAGGAUUUCAGGUAGACUGAAAAUGCUUUGAAAACACAUGGUGGAGUUUUGAAUUAAAACAAGCAACAACUAGAAGCCAGCAGAGAAACAGUGGGCCCAGUACCUUGCCUUUUUGGGGUGGUUGAAAACCAGUGAAGCAGUCGCAAUUCAGAUCAUCUGCAGGCUUGACUGUGCAUGCAGUUAGGACUACCAGUAAGGAGUUGCAGUAGUCAGUAGCCUAAAUGUUCCAGGAGCUUGCUCUAACUGGUAUAACCCUUUAAUGUCCGACACCACAAAUUAUGGCCAGAAAUUUCAGAUUUUUUUGGAGUUGAAAUGUUUAUUUCACCUACUACUGAAAACCAAAGAAAUCAAAAUGUCCUUAAAAUUUAACAAAUAUAUUUAUUUAUCUUGUUUAAUACAUUAGAUGUUUUUGGAAACUAAUAUACUAAAAGAGGACAUUUUUAUAGUUUAUCGGACUGUAUUCAGGUGUUUUUUUAGUAAUUUGUUGAUCAUAUUGAUUUGAUAGAAGUAUAUAAGAGUAUGUGUCAAAUAUGAUACAAAAGACAUUAAAGGGACAAGGUCUGAUCUUCUUGAUGUCAUACAGGGCAAAUCAGCAUGACCAAGCAAUCAACGCCACAUGAAUCGUAACACCAAGGCAGACUUAAGGGGCAUAAGUGCAGCUUGACCAACAGGGUGUUGAUCCAUGAUUGUAUGGAGGGGCUGACUGGAAUGACAAGAAGCACAGCCUCAGAAAGGUUGAGCUGAUGGUGUGUCAUCUUAGGGAAACGAUAAGGAGAGCUGGGCAUCACCUGUAAAGCAAUGGAAGUGGACAGUUGCACCAGACACAGGGAUGCAUAUUGAAAAAAGGAGGGGACUAAGCAUAGACCCUUGAGGAACCCCUGUUGGUAAGCCAUGCAAUUUGUACUCUCCUACCCUCUAUUAUACUCUGAAAAUGAAGUAGGAAAUAAACCAGUGUAGGUCAGAUCCAGAGACUGACAGAGAAGGUCAGUGGGUGUGGAGAGGACAAUUUAGUGGUUCACUGUGCCACGGGCUGCUGAUUGAUCCAGCAGGAACUGGACUGAGGACUGCAGUUCAGUAAAGUAGACCGACUUAAAACCAGACUAAUUUGGGUCAAUCGGGUGGUUUCUGUACAGGAAUUAGAAGACCUGAUUAAAGAUUAAUACUUAAUUUUUUCCCCCGGUCAGUUAGGGUGUGCAGUACCAUAGACCUAUUCAUUCUGUGAACAUGUUCUUAAUGGAAAAAUGACAUUAUUACAUCAAACAGCUUACACAAGACAUCCAAGUUUCAUAGACAGGAGAGUUGGAGAAUAUAAGAGGAACAGAUGCAAGAAGGAACUAGACACUGUUCACUACAUACCACUGUAGUGCUCACCAUAAUGAUGAUAAAGACAGUCUUUCACCGUCUGCAUUCUCAAAUGUAGCUUGUUGUUUCUAUCAACCACAAAUCCUUCGUAGGUACAGAGUCCUACUUUACCCAACAAACAGUAUUUUUCUUGUACUUAUUUGCGUAAUGAAAUAAGCUUGUUGCAGUACAGAUGGCCUUAAACAGAUCAGGUUUCCUGAAAAUCUCAAAGCGACAGCGGAAUAUGCAUUUCCGACACGCUUAUAGUUCUCUGUGAGCCUGAAGUGAUCAGACUCAGUCAUUAAAGUACCUAGAGGCUCCUAAAAAAGAGAGAGAAACUGGUGAAAACAUAUCAGAGAUGCUGUUUCAAGUCAAUUUCUUUUGGUCCUUGAGAGGAGCAAUUGUGCCAUCAUUUUUUUCAAGUAGCCUCACAAAUCAAAUGAUUUGUUCAGUUUCCUCAGCCUUUGCAGACAUCAACAGUGAGUGUAGCGAAUAUACCACAGACAUGGGCAGAUUAGCACGAUAUGUUUAGAUAUCGUAUUGAUAGAUGCUACACUCUUGCUAUUCAUAUACUCUUUCUUGGUUCAAAAUUAGAAUGAAGGACUUGUUCUCGUGGUGCACUUACUUUUACUGUAAUAAUGGAUUUUAUUUAAGUCACCAAUUGAAGCAUGUCUUCCACUUUUCUUUGUACCUCUUUGUGUCCUUGUGUGCUUUGCUAAAUGACUUGAAUGGUUGCCUCUGUGCUUUUUUAUUGGGCAGAUUCUUCUUGGUACAGCCAGACCACUGUGGCAGAAAAAGAACCAGUCCAUAAAAGUUCUGUCCAUAAAUUCAUAACUUGUCAUGCUAUCUCCACUUUUUAUUGACAUAUAUAAUACGCAGUGGCAAAGAAAGAGUUAGCUCAUCUUAAUUAAAGGAGCUCGUGUGUGUGAGAAGUGGAUGCAGUUCACCUUAUUAUCACUAGAUGGAACUAAUGAGAUUUUACGGACUCUCAGUCGAGCUCUGUGCCCCUCAGAGCAAGACUUUGAGAGCAGAGGUGAGUCCAUACCAAAGUGCUUGAUAGGGGAAAAUCCCUUUUCUUAUGUCCAGGAAAUAAAUCAUGUGAUUUGUCAAGAUUAUAAAAGCUUAAAUCAUUUUUUCCCAACAAGAGACAGAAUAAAGACCAUUUUCCACUGAGAUUCAGGGCACUGUCUGCUAUCGGUGAAAAAGUAGAACAUUUAAAAAAAAGUUUUGCUGGAGGAGGUGCUUAGCCUGCAUUCAGGUAGUAAAAACUUUGCUUCUCUCAGCUAGUCAGUCAUAAUUCAGCACUUCCUUCAGCUGAGGCAGCAGCACUCGGCAGGAGGUACAGAGGCUAUUUUCAAUUUAGCAGUGUUAUUUAUCAUAGUUUUCACUUCAGCGGGCCCAGUUCUGCAGAAAACAGUGGAACUGCCACAGGACUCUUAUGACCAUGUAAGAGAACUCACAAAGAGUGCUUAACAGGCAAAAAAAACGAGUUUCAUGUACACCACACCAAGAAGAUGAAUGUUUGAACCAAAGAUUGACUCAUUCAUCACAGUAUAGAGAAGUGGACUUCUCGAUACCAUUAAUAAUUGCAUGGUUUGUUCUUGGCGUUUGAGUUAUAUUUGAUUGUUUUUCACUUAUUUCAAUUCCAGCAUUGGUAGCAUUCACUUUGGAAGUCUAAUAUUACGUGCUGAAAAGUCUUAAAAUUUAGCCCAACUUAAAGCUCCUAUGGGUUUUUUGACGUCAGUGAAGUGAACAAAAACUUAGAUUAAUGCUGGGACAUGGUAACCAAAAGAAAAUAAGACCAUAAACUACAAAUUUCCCAUGGCUGGAACUUGUUGAAAGGGUUAGGUGUCAGCCAGUUACCUAAAGAUGUAGAUAGAAUAAGAACUUUUAUCCUAGAGGGAAAAUUCAGUUUGCCUCGCUUCUACAAUUUCCACUAAAAGAUUUACAAUAAAUGAUACAUUUGACUGUCAAAAGUCAGCAGAGACAAAGACUGCUUGUAAAAAAAAAAAAGUGCUACAAAAAUAGUUCCAUGCUGUGGAAAUUUUUCUAUAUCUGCCACAAGAUUUAGAUACCCACUAGCAAAGGGCAGAAAGUAACACUAUAUCUAUUCUCAUUUAUUGACUGUAUCUUCUAUAAAAAGUUAAGCACUUCUCUUUAUAUUACAUUUCAGCAAGUACUGAGUAAGAAAAAAUCACUGAAAACAUGUCAGUUUUACAUCAACUCCCUGAUUGAAUGAUGUCAAGUUUCACAUAAACUCGUAUAUCGUCAAAUAAAGUUGUCCCAGUUUCAAACAAAAUAUCUUAUUAGACCUAACAUUGACCUGACAGCUCCAAAUAUAAAUCGUGUUUGGAAAUAUUUUAAACCUAAAUGUUGUUUUUUUUCCGGAAAAAAAAAGAUAAAAUUUAAAAAGCUUAAGGUUGUGGGUCUUUAGUGGUUUUGUUACAGAUGUUUUUAGGGGAGCUGUUCAUAGUCUGUUUCCUAAGCUGAUAGAUGUCAAAUCGGCUGCAAAGAUAUGAGAGGUUUUGAUCUUCUCACCUUAAUCUCAGAAAGGAAUCAGGUAACAGAAAUGGUUAGUGUCUUGUGUUUCUCUUUCUCCUCUGUUUCUUUAAGUCUGCGUAGUAUGAACAUCUUCCCACAUUUGCUUUCCAGGAAAAAUGUGGCCAAAAGUCCUGCAGACGUGGUCGUGACUGGUGGAGAUUUGUCUCUCUGCAUCCAGACCCCCAGAGGUGAGCUGAGCUUGAUAUUGCCAGCAGGAGUCACCUUCGAGCAGGGAUCCUGCAUUCCCACACCUGCGGGAGAGUCCUGUGAGGAGGAGCUGCAUUUCAGACUACGGAUAAGUGUUGGAAAAAGCACAGAUGAAGGUAAUGUUGAGGACAACUAUGGAAAUACAUUCAGGCACGUGCAGCCUCCCUCUGCUCUGUGAGCCUCCUCUGUGCCAAGAUGAGAACAAAGUCUUUCGGUGGCUAUUUAGAGCUGGCUUUCUAUUUUGAAUUAAUUGGAUUGAGUCACUUGGUCAUCAGAGACAAUAAAGGUGUAAAAAUUUGCUCUGGGGAUCCUUAGCAGCCCAAAGGCAACUGAUCAUCAGAGUCAUGAGAAAAUUCCCGUUUGAUUUGAUCUCACACCAUCAAAAGUGUGCCCCAGAGUUAUUGCAUAAUAUCCACAAACUCCAUCUCUUGGCAUUUCCUGAGAUUUUUCAUGUCCCUCCUGGCAAAGGAGGAAGUUACAGCUAAGGACAGUUCUCAUCAAAUCCACUCAGAAUCAGAUUGAUGGCCCUCUCUCUGGGCAACCCUCCUUUGCCACCCAGUAUUUUAUCGAUUUUGUCCUCUGUAGUACAAGGUUAGUACUCUUUCUAAAUAUCCGACUCAUUUAUUUGUUUGUUUUUGGCUCUCCUCAGAUGUUUCCAGCAGCGUGAUUGAGAAACUUCGGGCCAAAGAGACGUAUUGUUUCCACUGCCAGAGCUGCACGACCCGUCUGCUGGAGGACAGGUGAGGGGCAGACGGAAGAAGAGGACCUGUGGAAAUGCUUUUUUUAUUUACAGCCACCUCCUCAGGAAGAGGAGUGAGUGUUUAUUGGCGGUUUGACCGACUGGUAGGAGUGACAGUCAGGGAGAGAAAAAUUGAUGGGCUGAGCUUGAGCUGAGUCCACAGCUGUCAGCCUGACUGGGUUAGAGUUAUAGGGCUGCUGUGACGUAAAGGUCUGUUCUGCCCAUUAAAAAACAAUUCCCUCGUACCUCGAGGUGGCUCGCCUGGACACUGUUAUUGUUCUUAUUGCCUUUAGCUUGUAGCUUUCUCUGGUCAGCAAUGUGACAUGCUGAAAAUUGCAAUAGCUGCAUUACUCAGACCCCUGGCCCCUGGCUGUGUUUCUCAGCAAAUACCAACUAUGAGUCGCCACAUAAAUCUUUUUUCAUUUUCAACAAGGGCAGAGGAAAGUACACGAGACAGGAAAAGUGCUUGAAGCAGGUUAAAAGUUAGAAUUUCAAGAACAUUAUGCCUCAUUAUGCUCUGAUACAGUUUGGUCCAUUUACAGAAGUAAUAAUACAGCCAUCGACUGAAACCCAUAAAGAAGUGCCCUCUGAAGUUUCUUUGCAUAACCUAACAUAAUUCAUGCUUUAUAGUAAUGGAUGAAGUGAGUGUUGUACAAAGCAGUGCCAGCUAGUAUAUUAUAUACAAAGACAGGUUAUCGAAGGGGGGUCCCAGAAUGGUAUUCAGCACUUAACCCAGGGGUGGGCAAUCAUGUGCCAUGGAGGGCCAAGAGGCUGCAGGUUUUCUUUCCAACCCAAAACUCCACCAGGUGAUUUCACUGAUUAGUUCCUGCUCUCUGCUUGGAGGUAAGGUAAUCAGUGAAAUCACCUGGUGGAGUUUUGAGUUGGAAAGAAAACCUGCAGCCUCUCGGCCCUCCAUGGCACAUGAUUGCCCACCCCGGACUUAACCUGUUCCAGUGAGCUUUUUUUGUGUUUUUUGGUCCCUUUUUUUAUUUUAGGGCUCCAAAUUUUGACCUAUUGAUAAGUCACUUGGCCCUUAUCAUAAGGUGACCAGAUGUCCCCGAUUUACGCGGACAGUCCCUGUAGUGCAGUGGUUCUCAAGUCCAGUCCUUUAGCCCCCCCCCGUCCUGCAUGUUUUGGAUGUUUCCCUGCUCCAACAGAACUGAUUCAAACGAUUGGCUCGUUAUUAAGCCAUUCCAGAGCUUGAUAACGAGCUGAUCAUUUGAAUCAGGUGUGUUGGAGCAGGGAAACAUCCAAAACAUGCAGGACGGGGGGGGGGCUCCAGGACUGGACUUGAGAACCACUGCCAUAGUGGAUGACCUGUUCCUGGCUCAAGAAUGAGAACAAAAAUGUUGUGUGUAGAUGAGAGCAACGGUUAUUACGGCAGCAGAGUAGGUACGGAGCACAAGUAAGCAUGUUGCGUGGAGUCCUGAACAACAGUCUUUACGGGUGGUUAUAAAUGUAGUAUGUUGUCUGUGAUCACGCAUCUGUGACACCCCCCUCGCACUCCGGAUGUCCCCGAAUUUCAUUACAGACAUCUGGUCACCUUACCUUAUCAACCUUACUUCAGUCUUAGUCUAAUCAGAAUUAGCAUAAACGGGUUCACAUAAACACAAAUGUGCUUUUAAAUGAUUCCUGAAUGCCCACAAUUGAGUCGCAAUCACAUUAGCAACAGCAACCUAAUAAGAUUGUAAUAUACUGAUAUUGUGUUUCAAGCUUGUGCCAGUUGCAACAGAUAAAGGCGUAUUGCUCAGCUCUAUGUUGAUAUGCUAUUCAAAGCUUCAAAGUUAACAAACUGCAGUUACUUAUUACAGCUUUCACAGAUGGCUUUGGACCCCUGCUUAAUUAUUUUAGAAAAUAAGGUUAUUUUUAUUAGAAGACACAAUAACAUUUAAUGAGUCAGUAUGAAUAUUUUACUAUAGAGUUUCUGUAAUUUUAAAAAUAAUGGAGAAAGAGCUAGGCAAACUUUAUCCUCUUGGGUCAAUUGGACAUUUUUUAUCAGAUUUUUCUCAUUUGUUUUCUAAUCUUUUCUGGUGUCAGGAAACUUAUUAAGAAAAAAAAUCGAUAAAUAUUAUUGAACAGCAACUGAGAGAAACUUUUCUUUUCUUUGUCCUCUUCUUUAGAGUUUUCAAGCGAGUUCUUCCUCUCCCUAACGGCAACUGGAACGCCAUCGUAGACGACUGGUGUUGUCAUCCAGAUCCCUUUGCUAACAAGAAGCUGCUGCCCCGAGCAGAGGAUUGUUUAUUGGGUGACACUUUCCUCCUCCUGGCCAGAGACGGUAGCUGUGAGCAGACUCUAACUAAGGAAGUGAGCCCUGUUGGCUCAGAGGACAGUCAAGAUCCUAAGGUGAGAGAUGUGUAAAAGAAAAUACUCACAAAAAGUUUUUAUCCUAGUCCGUCAAAGUUAGGGAUUACAUCUCCUAUUUUAGGGUAGUUGAACAGAUUAUCUUUGACUGUUUCAUGAAUAUUCAACACUUGUUUUGAAUUUGAUGCCAGCAACACAUCUAGAAGGGUAGCACAGAUUCUUGUUCACCACUGUAAUCCAUGUAACACUCUGUAAAUGCUUGAAAGCUAAGGAGACGAUUUUCUGCAGUUUUGAAAAUGUUGUCCCAUUCUUGCCUGAUGUGGGAUUUAAGCCGCUCAACAAUUCAGGGUCUCCUUUGAUGUAUUUUUUAUUUUGUGAUGAAAUGUGUUCAGUCAAGUCAAGACUGCAGGCAGUCAAUCCAGUUUAGCACCUGGACUUGUCUUAUAUGAAGCUGUGCUGUUGUAGUUUGUGCAGAAUCUGGUUUGCCAUGUCCUGAUGACAUGUUCAAGGUCUCCCUUAAAAAAGGCAUUAACUGGAUGGCAGCAUAUGUUGAUUUAAAACCUGUAUAUACUACGCAGAGACUGUACAUACUAGGCCUGCACGUUAUAUCGUUUGAGCAUCGUCAUCGCGAUGUACGUGUGUGCGAUCGUCACAUCGCAGAGCUUGCGAUGUCGGAGGUUGAAUGAACCCAGUUAAUUUCAAGGGUAACUGACUGAGAUACACUGCAUGCGACUCUGCAUGUGCUUUGCAGCGAUCCACCAAUCACCUUCGUUCUUUACUCAGUUGCCAAUCAGACUCAGUUCUCAGUUGCCAAUCAGACUACUCUGCCAGCUGUCAAUCAAAAUCAGAGAGGAGGAAACCCACCCCUGCACAUGUUCUGCACAUGGAGGGAGUCGCUACCGGAGUUGAGCCGAGAAACGCUUGUCGGCUGAGAAUUACUUUCGGAACAUUACUCAUCACUGUUUAGCCCAACAAAUAAGAACUGAAUGGGUUUUAAAUUGUACAUUUCCGUGGACCACUCUAUUAUAAGCAGUGCGCGUUUUGUGAGGUGCAUGCAAUUCUCGGAGGAGACGCGUUUCUCAGCACAACCCCGUUAACAACACCAACAACAACGAUCGCAAACUGAGCAACAAACAGAGAAAACCACCUUAGAUGAAGACUUGUUGCCAAAAAGAAAAGGAAAGUCAGUUAUCUGGAAUUAUUUCGUUUAAAAGAAGGAUGAUGUCGACCAAAACACGUGUUAUGUGUUCACCUGUUUCCACAAUAACGUCCCAGAACAAUAAAAGCAAAAAAUAUCUCUGAGACAGACAAAAGCCAUUCUACUAACAUUCACAAAAAGAGGUAGGAUCAGUGCAGGUUAACUGUCCUCAAGAUUUCAGCAGUGCAUCACAACAUAAAGUGCUAUCAGGUCAUCUGGUGAAAAUUCCUGUAUUUUUUAAUAUCGCAAUAUAUAUCGCAGGGUUGAAAAAAAUCGCAAUGUAAGUUUUUUCCAAUAUCGUGCAGCCUUAGUACAUACUAUGGACAACUUGGUUCUGCCUCUCGCCUGUAUACAUAUUUGAAGCCAAAUAGCUCUCAGUAUUUCCGGGAUUUUUUCGGGCAUGCAGCCGCUGAGAGUCGCUGUGAUGACGCUCGGCUCAAACAGCGUAUCCCCCGGGAGAGCUACGGAAUCCCUGAACGCCCAUAGGGUGUAUCAGGUGCCAAUCAUAGAAAAUAUGAACCCCCUAAUCACUUUUAAAAACGGAGCUGUACAGAAAAAAGAGGACUUGAGCACAAACCAGUCUGACAGUAACUACAUGUCAACAUCACAAGCAGGGGGGAGAAAAUUUUAUAUUCUGUGUAAUAAAUUUCUAAAGUUUGUCCACAGCCCCAUAAACUUUGCUGGCGGAGGCGGGAUUUAUGACCUAUACUGCAGCCCAUCAACAGAGGGUGCUGUUCUCUGAGUGGCUUCACCCAGCGAGGAGGCAGACUCUGUCCAUUCUUUAUACAGUCUAUGAUAUUACACAGCAUUAAUGGGUUUCCCUAGAUGUGUAACUAAGCCAUGCCAUGGGCACUAAUGUGUCCUUACCCAAUCAGAGACGCUGACUUUUAAACUGCGUGCUGAUAAGAAGCUGUGAGGUCUCGGGGUAGAAGUCGUUCUUGAUUUCCAAAAAGAAGGUCAGACUUUGGGUCUAUGGUUGUCCAGUUUUUAUUGUCAGGGUGCGUCCCUUUAGACUCAACUUUUUCAGUGAUUUUUUUGUCCUUGUCCCAACUUUUCUUUAACAUGUUGCUGGCAGCAAAUUUAAGAACACAUGUUGUCAUAAGACAAGGAAAUUUUCAUUUUUGUAUGUUGUCUUUGCUCUAUAAUUAACUUCAUAUGAGUUUCGUAUGAUUUCUAUCAAAAUUCUUAAACUUCUACCUUGUAAGACAGAUCAGUUAUGAAGUCUGGAUGGUGGAAUGAUACUUUGGUUGUUUUAAUGGAUCAAAAGAAAUGAAUGAUCUAAAUAAUGCCUGUUGCUGCUUCCAGGAAAAAUCUACUGAUAUAAAAAUGUUAAACGGCAGACGUUUUGAAUAAAAGGCUAAGUUGGAUUCAGUCAUAUCAUACUUACACCCACACAGACACAUGCGGCUCAGACGGCUGAAUCAGUGAAGUCAAACUCCAGCACUCUGCAGACGAGGAUUGAUCUUCAUACUCUUCCAUUACUCAUUAUCUGCACGAGAGGCAACUCUCUGCAUGACUGAGACAGAGAGAAAUGAAAAGACAGGCAGUUAGAAAGAGCAGAGGAGAGCAGGUGAUAAUCUGCCUGCUGUGGAUCUUUUUCUCAAUCUUUUUCUCCUCUUGUCUUCUAUCUUCAGUCCUGGUUAUAGUGGAUAUUGAUUGCACUUAGCUAUAUUCAGAGUGGUUUCAUGCUGUGAGGGAUUUUCUGUUUUUCUCUUUUGUUACACGCAGAAACCUUGCCGUCGCCUGGCACUCGUCUCCUGCAAGAGCUGCUCAUCAGUGCUUGGAGAGGCUGUCGCCCCAGGUACUCAUAGCACUUCAACUUUUUAUUAUUAUUUUUUUUUUUAGCACUGUGCAUACUUUUCACUUUUCUCUGUUGUAUUUCGCAGAAACCCUGAAACUGUACAUCACACAGGUGGUGGUGGAGCGUGCUGAAGGAGACCGAGAGCCAGAGGCUUUACUUAACAGGCAGGUUUCAGUGCAAGCUGCUCAUGGUGACAAUUUGUAAAGUGCAGCUGUUGAAGCACAUGCUCUGAUAGGGACAUGCAUAUGAAGAGUCUGCUGCACAGAUAAAAUAAAUGCACUAAGUGUUUCUGGGUAAACUAAUGUGCUUGUUGUUUGUCUCUAAGAAUAAAAUAAGUCCAGGGUUUAUAAAUCAGUUGUAAUUUGUUGGUAUAACCUAAUAUCCGACAGAGCACUGAUUGGAUUUUGCUGAAUCUUUGGGAGAUGACUUAUAUUGCUGCUGUGUUCAAGUUUUUUUUUCUUUCUAAAAAUUAAUUAAAACAGGAAAAACUUCAAAACCUGGAAUAAACAUUUUAAUAACCACAUCUCUCACAGUGCAGGGUUGAAUAAUUAAAAGUUUAGCAAACAUAUUGUAAUCUCAUUGUCUUGUAUAUGGUAGUUAAUUUCUUUGAGCAAAUAAUUGCAGCAUUACUUGACUUCUUGUGCCUUUUCUCCUUAUAUUUUAAUAAGCAGUUGGCUCGCUCCUGAACAUAUGUUUACAGCUUCAUUUUUUAAGGUUUGGUUCAUUAAAAACAUGAACAUCAGGCUGUGCUUUCCCUAAAAGCACUCAGUAUCUUCAUUUUUUGGACUGUGAGUACAGUCAAGUUGAUAUGAUCUUGAGGACCACAUGUGUAAACAGCUGAACAUUGUGUCUCUGUGAUAGAUUGGUCUUCCUGGAGAGGACUAUAGCAGCCAGGUUAUUUGGUCUGUCCAACUCGCUGAGCACCUUCCACUUCUCUGUCCAGACUCCUGAUGGUAAAGCCUUCUUAUUGGUAAGAUCAUGCAAACACAAUCAGAGAAGCACCUGAACUCAAAGUAAAAAUAGAGUACUUAAUCAUUUGACAAAUGGAAGAGGAUGAUGUGGCAGGUCCUUCAUUUGGUAUGAAAAGCUGGUUGACUGUAAUUUUAGGAUUCUUGAGUGUCCUGCCAGGAUUUUAGCUUGAAAUCAGGUACAAGUGCUUUUCAACAAGUGGAAAAAAAAAUGUCCGUAAUAUAUUACUGCAAUAAUAAAAAAAAAAAAAGAAAGAAAAACACAUUUUUCCACUAAUUAUUUUAGGCACAAUGCUGAUGACUGAAAAGGUCUUUAUUUCUUUUCUAAAUGUGUCAUCAGACAGACUAAUUUUUGUACGAGAGGCUCAGUAUACAGGGCAUGCAGAUGGCUGAGCGGGUCAGCGCCCCCCAUACUUGGGGACCACGGUCCCUGCAGCGGUCACGUGUUAGAGUCUGGCCCCAACCAUGUGCUGCAUGUCCUCCCCACUCCCUCCUAUCUCCCAACAUUUCACACUGUCCUAUCUAUAAAGGCAAAAUCGUCCAAUGUGUACUUGUAAAUAUUGUAUAUUUGUAUUUGACUUCUGUUAUUUUUACAUUCAGAUACUGAUGUGGUUUUAAUUGAGGCUAGCAGGUGAUAUUUUGGCUGAAAUCUGAGCCUCAUUAACAUACCGUAAACUGUCUCGGCUUAGUGUUCCAGCUCUCCACAAAUUGUCUUCUUGGCAGAAUUGAAAUUAUCGGACAUUAAAACUCUUCACUGAGAAAGAAAAGCCCUAAUAAUAAAAUUAAUCUUGUGUGAAAUUGGACCAAAAAUGGACGAUUUCUUAGGCUAAUAUAAAAUCCUUACAGUCUUCAUAGUCUUGGUCCCUGAGGGAAAAAAAAUAUCUGUAGUUUUCAAAUAAGCACUUUUUCUUUUUUUCCAUCGAAGCACUACACUCUGAUUUCCUGACCCCAUGAAAGCCCACAAGUGGUACUUAGCACAAACUUAUCCAUUUGAUGAAAGUAAAGAAAAAUACAUAAAAUUAGCAUAAAGACCUUUUAUUUCACUUAAUAUAUCAUUUGCUGCGCAUGAAUAAAUGCAGCAAAGGAGUUGUGUGUUUUCUCUUCGCUUGUUUGAAAAUCUAGACAUACAGAUGUGCGCUGUGUUUCCCCGUUAGGUGAAUAGAGAGAGCAAAAGAAAAGAUCAUGAUGAAAAGUAAUAAAACCAGAUUUUAUUGGCUGACCUUGAGCAAAAUCUGAAGGUCAUAAGAAGUACAGUUUUGCCUGUCUUUCUGUGGAUGUGGUGAUUUCAUGUGCUACAGCUUGAUUCCCUCCACUGUGUAAUCUGCCAUGUUUCUGAGUGACCCGUCUGCUCCCCCUGCAGCUCUGGCUCCUGAACAGCGAUUCCAUCACAGCGUCAGUCCCAGAGAGGUGUGUCGGGGGUGAGAGCUCUAUCAGCUCCCCGGCUCUUCACAGUCCAUCACCCAGAGCUGCCAGAGCCCUGAAACUCCUCUACACUGCCUGCUCUGACACCGGCACCGAGCAGAGAGAGUAAGCAAGGACUCUCAUUGCUCCGUCCAAUCUCCCAACACUCAACCCCUCUUCUCCUCCUCCUCCUCCAGUUUUAUCCUGUCAUCUCUCUCACACUGCUUCUCAAUCACCACUUGUCCCGGCUCACCACAAAGGGGGGGAAAAAUUGUACUUGCAGAAAAGAUUUUAAGCCCCGUUGGAAUAUUUUUCUGGUCAGAGUCCCAGCUUGAAUGUUUUUGUCUGUUGUUUAGACCAGUUUAUCCUUCCAAUGUUUUCAGUUGCAUCAGGCACGCUCGUGUUUGUUGCUCGUACAGGGAUGAUGUCCUGACUGGAGUGAGGCUCUGUGCACCUUGCUGUGAUGUGUUAGAGAGGUGUAGGUGGAUGUGCUGCAUGUGGCUCUCCACAUUCGGUACAGCAGCACCCCACUGGAGAAGCUUUCCACCCUCAUUAUUUUCAUCUGAUUCAGCACUCAGCAUUCCUCCUCCUCCCCCUCCUCUUCUUCCUCCUCCUCCUACUCCUCCUCCUCCUCUCCCCUACAGACGCGGAGAGUGAAAUCAGAACAGCAAAGUUUAGUUAUUUCUCCCGUUCUGACGAGCAGCUGACUGACAGAGGAAGGGUAAUUAGAGGCAAAACUCACAUAAAAAGAGAAAAGCUUGUCAUCUCAGCAAAGGAAGUAAGGUUGUAUAAAAAUGACACGAUUAACUGAACUCGCUGAGUGAUGCACAGGAAGCUGCUGUUUCACCACAGGUGCAUGCUGGGUACUUAGAGAGAAUUCAUCCUGGUGAAACAAGCCGUGACAGCAACUUUUGACUGGUGCACUGCUGUUUUUGUGGAGCCUGAAUAAGAACCUCCACCCCUGGAUUUCAGCUUUUCACUUGUAGUACAAACAGUUUGUCGCUCUGGGGUUCUUUUUAAAACCCACCAGGAGCAAAAUGAAAACAUGUUCGGCUUAAGGGCUGCAGUUGCUACAGCACAAAUAUUUAUUCAUAAACUAAACUAAAAUCACAAAUCACAGCAGCCAGUUUUGUGUUUCUACAUGGAAAUAUAAUUUAUACAGAUUUCAGUCUUUCCCUCUUGGAAUAUAUAAUGUAGUAUUGGCUGAUACAGACAAACCCUCAGGUAGUGAAACAAAAUAGCACAUAACUAUUUCAGCUGAGCUGUUCUGGUGAGUCUGUUUUAAUUCAGUGUGCUCGGUAUAAUUUUUGUAUGACCUAGCUCAGUCCACUGACGGCUCACUGUGUCCUCUAAAGAUCACAGAGAAACUCAAAGGCCUUUUAUGUUUUUAAACCAGUUUUAAUUAUCUUCAAUUAGAAUUAAAGAAUGUAGCUUUUAAAUGUGCUGCGGGAACACUCGUCGCUGACAUUUCGCUUGCUUUGACCUACAAAUGGGCGCCUGCAUCAGCGGAAGAGUUGGUCAUUACUUAAAAGUACAGUGUGUCUGGAGUGCCAACAGCCUGGCAGUCUAAGUGCCCCGUGUCCUCAAUGCAGUAGUCGCUGGUUGAAUCCGGAGCCUGACCCUUUGUUGCAUGACUUACCCUUCCCUCUCCUCCUCGCAUUUCCCAUCCACAGCUGUCCUUUCUGAGAAAGGCAAAAACGUAACUCUUAAAAAUGAAAAAAACUGUGGUGUGUUGAUUUGGAAAUGUUUAGCAAUAUCAAGUGGUCUGGUGGUCUGUAAACACUCCCCUGCUCACCCCUCCUCUUGAUGAAGCACCAGUUGCCUUCUCAAGUUUUUACAGAAGCAAAAAUCUGUCAAUUUAUAUAUUUUUUGUAAAUAAGAGAUAAUAUAUUCCUUUAAAUAUCCCACAGGGUGAAAUUCCAAAUUACAGCAGCAUGAAUACAGAUACAAAAAGAGAAAUUAAAGGAUAAAGAAAACUAAAGCGUUAGAAAACAAUAUGUGCAUGAGUCUUAUGUCUUGUCUUGUACACAACAGCCACUCUCUUUUGGUUGUCUUCUAACCAUAGCAUUUCGUUCAGCCAGUCAAAAUAUGUCACUCCAUGUCUGUUCUGUGCUGGGGUAGAGUCUCUGCAGAGAGGGACCUUAAGAUACAAACGACUCCAUUUAAAAUGAAAAAUACAAUUGAUUUUAUAUUUAUCUACACUCAGUUGAACAUCCUCAUGAAUAUCAUAUCUCAUUUCUACCAAGUCAGUCUUGCUAAAUGCUCUACACACUGCAUCCUUAAUCAACAGGAUGGGUGUUUGAUCCUUCUCACAUGCUGAUGUGUCUUAGAGCAAGACUCUGAACCCCAAACUGCUCCGAGGGGGACCACCACCAGAAGUGUGUGAGUGGGAUUAGUAAAUACCAAAGGGGGUUUCACAGAGCAGCAUGUGCCAUUAGUGUAUGAAUGGGUGAGUGUGACAUGUAAUGUAAAAGCGCUAUGAGUGGUUGACUCAAGACUCAGACACUAGUUUAUUUAUUUUUUUACUGGUUUAUUUCACAGGGACGGUGCGCCACUAAUCAACAGAGUUAAAAGAAAAACUGUAAGUGAGCCAGAGUCAGACAGCAAGGCUAGUUUUCAUCCAUUGUCCCUGGCCAGAUGUUUAAAAGAAACUUAAAAAUCAAAAAGGGGAAACAAUAAAAUACUUUACAUAACAAUCUACCUAAUAAAAGCUCAUAAUAACAAGUAAACAGAUAAGAAGUCUGACAUAUGGCAUGGCAAAAGCUCAUUCAAAGUUCAUUGUCGAUUCAUCGUUUACAUUACACUGCUUACCAGCCCCACACUGUUGUAGUUGAAUGUCAUCACGUACCGUACAUGACAGCAGGCCUCUUUUGUUCUGUUCUUAUGACUUUAAAACUAACUGGUAUACUCGCCCUUGCCCCUGUUUUCACCUGGGAAGGAUUUCCUCCUCAGUGGUAUAGAGAGCUAGUCAUUUACAGAUCAAAGGUUUGAUCCCUGCUCCUUUAGUCACAUGCUAAAGUGUCCUUGGGCAAGACACUGAAUCCCAGACUGCUCUCAGCACGAUAGUCAGUGGUGUGUGAGUACACAGAAAUGGGAUUAUUUAAUACUGAUGGGGGCUUUACAUAACAGUUUCCGCCAUCAGUGAGUGAAUAUCGUGUAAAUGGGUGAAUGUGACAUGUAGUGUAAAAAUACUUUGAAAGGUUAGAAGACAAGAAGAGUGCGAUAUAAGUUCAGUCAAUCUACCAUUUACCAAUCCUCAAAAAGGUAUUGAUUUUUAAACUUGAUCCACAGAGCGGCCUAUCAGUUAUUUUAACAAUGAAAGGAAGUAUCCACUUAAACAUAAUACAAAUGAGGAAAGAAAAUAAGAAUUGCAUCUUGGAGUCCUCUUAACUCAAAGUUCUUGUCAUUGAUCAGGUUACACAAACGCUCACAAAGAUUUGAUCCAGUCACGGCCUCUAUAUCUGCCUGAACAUUGAACCGUUUUGCUUUUACAUAUCUAGUUCAACUCCGAAUCUACCCCAUCAGUUACACAACCUGCUGAAAAUCUCAGCUUUUAAAGGUUUCACAGUUCAAGUACACAUUUAGAUUUUCACCUGCUCUGACAUUUCUCUGAAGUCUUGAAAGGCUUAAACACUGGUGUUACUCACACUUCUAUUUCCCCCUACAUAAUUUACCAUUCAUCCUUCAUCACUCAUCUCUGACAGUUUUAAAUUAAAUGUUAUGCCUGGGGAGCUGAAUUCCCUGGAUGAUGGCCCUCUUAUUCAGGAUACAGUCGGUUACAGUCCAGUGCAGCUGUGGGUCGCAGGACGUGUUGUUAGAACUGCCAAUAAUUGGCUGGAGAAUCAGUGAGCCAGUGCCUAAGUGGAUUAGGCUUGUCACUAAUGGCAGUCACUUGAUUAUGAGUUGAAGGAAAGUCACACGCACCAUCACAGCACAGUACAAAGGGAAUAAGCUCUCAUAGAUAUGGAAAUUCAGUCUCUUGAGGAUUGAAGGGGGGGACUCCAUUCCUGUAAAAGUCCGUUUUGAUAUGAGAGUCUACAAAUCUUAAUACAGAUGACAGACUGCAUUUACAGCACUUGAUUGAAUGUGUGCAGUGAUUUGGUUAAAUAUGUUGACAUCAAAUCUUAAUUCAGUUUUCUGCUUAAUUUCCCAUGCAUGUAAAUAAAGAUGUAGCAGUCUUGUUUCUUCGGUCUGAUGUCUUAUAAACUCCCAAACUUAGAGGAGACUUUCCCUAACACAUACUGCACAGAUGGCUAAAUGUCACCCAAACAAACUGGAUCAGCAGCAUCAGACAAUGACAGAGCAUCACUCUUCCUCUUCUCCUCUUCUCUCUUUUUGACCAUAAGUUUGCUGUGUAUUCUUGGUUUUCCAGCAGAGUUUACAGUUUAAACUCCCCUUGCUGAAAAAUGCCAGGGUGGAUGCUUUAACGUUGGGUUUAUAGCAGCUAUUUUAAGCACCUGGGUUGUAUAAUGCUGCGGCAGUCACUGUAAAUCAUCCCUGCUCUUCUCUCUGUGUUUUCAGCAUUGUAACUAGUUGGGAGGUCAAUGCCAUAGGACAUCCUGUGGUGCUGCCGCUGUCAGUGUGUGAGGAGCUGCUGCAAGUGAUAGACGACAGCAACUCCAUGCUUCCUGCCUCGAUGCGUUGCAUGAGGUCUUAUAAGGUAAGGCCAUGGUCCUGUUCUGUAAUGUGCAACAGAUGAUGAGUAAGGCAUGUUAGUGCAGAAAGUCUGCAUUGGCAGCCAAGCAGGGCCUGUUUUAGCUGACAGCAAUCACUUAUGUCACUUACUCUUACUUACAGCACCUUGUUUUUCCAUUAUUCAGUAGAGCUUGACAAGUGGUUUUAUCCCGCCUUAAUUAAUUUCAUGAUUCAGAGCUUUCUGUUAGCAGCUUUGCUUUAGGGAUUAUGGGGGUCAAAUUUUGUCAGCCUUAUUCCAUCCUCCACAUACCUGUAAUAGCACAAAAUAUGCCUAGUUAGCCGGAGUUGCCAGGGGAAACCCUUUGACUAGAAAAUAGGAGGUGUUCCCUUUGCUGACAUCUCCAUUCUCCUGGCUGUUUUAAACAUAGUUACAGGGCAAUUAGAACCAUUAUUCUCCACUUCCUGCUCAGAAAAGUUAGGAACCGACUACCUCUACUUAACAAGUUUUUUUUUUUUUCUUUUUUACCUGCUGCAAAAAUAAGAGCCGGAAUAAAUUACUGUACGGAAGUCUUUGAAAAGUAAAUCUGCUGGUGUUCUAAUGUGAAGCUUCUUUUGUUGUGCGAAGAGGAAGAGGUGUUCAUUUGAGGUGUUGGAGUCUACCUUAAUUUUAAGUAACUGGAGUUUUGCAUUCAAAGAAGAACACUUUCUUAGAGUGAUAAAAAAAAGCACAUCCAAAUAUAUUUUCAUGAAAGUUUGUGGAAAUGAUUUCACUUUAAUAACCUAUUCAGUAUUAGCGUUGGCCAGUACAGAUGGAUAAAUGAUCAUUUGUUCUGGAAGUGAGGGGAAAGAAUGAAAACAGAAAUCAAACUAGAGAAACGCUGAUUUAAUAUUUUGUUUUCUAUAGAUUAAGACUUUCUCAUAUCACAAAGAAAAAGGUUGAGAAAUGGUCUCAACUAGGUGUUUGUGUGCUUAUAUCCAUACAAGGUUGUUUGUGGCCUGAAUUUUAACAUUUGUUAAGUCAGGAAGUUUGUUUUGGACAUAACUACAUGUUAGCCAUUCCUGGAUGUGAGCAGGUUUUGGGGCAAUGUUCUUUCUUUCCUACUCAUCUUUUGGUUUCAAAGAGUCCCCCAGUGAAAGCUCAAGAAGAUUUUAGGUAUUGCAAAAUUAUCACCAAGUCUAUUUUUCUUGUAAUGUCUUAGAAAUAUAACACUUGAAGACUUGAAACUAGGACAGCUAUUUCUAUAUAAAAGGGUUAAUGGACAGUAUACACUAACAGGGUGAGCAGGACCCAGACACACAGCAGAAGGAUCUUGUCUCACCCUAAAGAGAGUCUGAUUUUUGCAUAACCACCUUCUGGCUACAAAUUUUUUCUGUUUAUUAUCAGGCUACCGACUAAAACAAGUUGCUGCAAAUACUGAUUUGAAGAUGAUUUUAUUGAUCUAAAAAGGAGUUAUGGCUACAGCUUUAAUAAUUUGCCUCAGAGCUGGCAUGGGAGAGGUGGGUUGUGCCAAGUCUGCUCUCCACAGAUUGGUUUUAUAUGACCUGUUUGAUCUGGUUGUCCCUGGUGUUGCUCCUGCAGUCCAGAUUUAAUCACCAGUUUUAUAGGGCCUUAAUAAUCAGAUUGGAAUAUUUACAACAAUCAUGUAAUAAGUAAGAAAGUGGGGCAAUAAUGACUAAACACAAUGCUGCUUUCAUUUGGAAGUCUCCUUCAUGUGUCAUUAACUGGUGCUGUUAAUUACCUGGCACAGCUUUUAUCUUUAUUUUUGAGCAUCAGAGAGAACAAAUUUUGACCUUUUAUUGACCCGCUUUAUUCAAAUGUGAGUCAGCUCUUAAGUUAAAAAGUCAAAGACCUUAUCGACCAGUUUUUGCAGCUUAAUUGGCUCUCUUUGCUGAAUGAUCUAAACCUUAAUUGAAUUGCGGGCAUUAGUUGUAAUAUCUGCUGACAAAAUUGACCAGCAGAUCUAAUUAUAAAAUUGAUUGUCAACUGGAAGCUAGUUAAAUAAAUGAUCACAAAUUGCUAUUAUGUUAUCCGUUAUAAAUUGUAAAUGUUCUUCAAACAUGCAUACAGCAGGAACAUUUUUACAUACAGUAGCUGAAGUGAAUAGGAUCAUGCACGCCUCUGUGCAGCAAUUACACAAGGCACAUCCACAGUUCAUGAGGAUUCAACUGAUCCAAUUAGCAGCAGGGGGCUAGCCAACACCACAAAUUCUACUACAGGCUCUCAUCUCAUUAUAAUAGUACGAUACAGAACACCUGAAGAUGCUUAGUAAGGCUCCUGUCUUUUUAUAGAAGUACUAUUCCACACUUCUCAGAGUGCUGGCUGUAAUUUCUCCGGAAGAUGACGACUCAGAGCUGUUUCUCCUCUGCCUGUUACACAUUGUGGCCCCGAGAUGAACAGUAUAGUUGUCUCUGAAUAUAAAUGACAGUGGGGUUAGGCUUGGCUGAAAUGGAGAAGGCUCCAUAUGAGGCGACCCAGACGUAGGACAUAGUAUCUGUCUGGAUCUGUGGAAGUGGUCACAGCAGUAUGGAUCGUGUGAUUAAUUGACACAGUUGAACACUUCCUGAUAGAGGGGGCUUGUGCUAUAGGCGGUAGAGAACAGGGAGGUAAUGUGAUCACGGGGUCAUCUCCAGUUACCAGAGAUGUUCUGAGAGAGUCCUGGUUCAAAAACACACAGACUUUUGAUAGCACAUAAAAGCUUGUUACGGCUUUCAGAGUUUCAGAUGUUUGUGGUUGAAUGAUGAAGAUGCAGAGAGAUGAAGAAACAGAGAGAGAAUUUUGAGCCAGGAUCUUCUGAAAGCUCAACCAGCAUUCUAAAGAAUGGCAGCUGUCCAUGUUAUUUCAAUUUAAUCCAGUUUUGAAUUGAAAAAUUUAAAUAAACAUUAGACUGCGAACAGGCAUUUUGAUUCUUAGCCUGCAAACUAAUGUGUAACAUCAUAAAUAUCUCAGUUCAGUUUGGGUGUCUUUGAGGUUUCUGUGUUCACAGAAAACAUUUUGACAUGUCACAGAAGAAGAAGCACAUGUCUAAAUAAUAAGAUUGAUGGCAGCUGACUCGUGUGCUUCUUCAAAGUAAGGGUCCUGGUGUUGUGAAUGCUGCCCUACUGUCACACUGUCACAGCUAACAGGACCACUUGAAACAAACAGCCUUCAGUAAUGUCAUAAGUAUUGUCUGUUCUUGUUCUCCUGUGACAAGUCCGAAUGUGUGCUGCAAAGACAGGCUUUUACCGGGGCACUUGAACUGGUUAAACUAACAAGUCGAACAGCUUUGUGUCUGGUGUUGUAGCUGAUGUGCUGCUUUCUUGAUUGGUCAAUAGAAACAACACCUUAUUGCCUGACACUCAAUACACAAGCCCUCAGUUUAUAAUGAUCCCAUAGAUACUUUUAGGGUAUUGAGACUCCAGAUUCUCGAAAAAUUCUGAACAUUUUCAGAAAACAAACUAUGAGAUGGUAUAAACUGGUUUUCUGUGUCUUGUACAUAGACUGUAUAUACUAUGGACAACUUGGUUCCGCUUUCUGCCAGUCUACAGAUUUGAAGUCAAAAAGGUCUCGGUAUUUCUACGUUUUUUUCUCCACUUCCUGGAACCACCACUUGCGCAGUAGCUUUCUACGCUUUUGGCGGGAGAGUCGCUGUGAUGACGCUCAGCUCAAACAGCGUAUCCCCCGGGUGAGCUACGCAAUCUUCGUACUUCGUAUCUUCAUAGCUGUAUCAAGUGUCAAUCAUAGAAAACAUGAACCCUCUAAUAACUUUUAAAAAUGCAGCUGCACAAAAAAAAGAGGACUUGAGCACAAACCAGUCUUACAGUAACUACAUAUCAACAUCACAAACAGGGGGGAGAAAAAUUUAUAUUCUGUGUAAUAAAUUUCUAAAGUUUGUCCACAGCUCCAUAGGGAUUGCUGGAGGAGGCGGGAUUUAUGACCUAUACUGCAGCCCGUCACCAGAGGGUGCUGUUCUCGCGGUGGCUUCACCCUGCAAGAACAGUCCACUGUAGGAUAGUCCCAGCUCCCAUUGGUAGUAUUCUGAAGACAGUUUACUCCGACAGCAAAAGACUAUUCUAAAGUCACUUUUGGGACAUUUUGGCCUCUAUUGAUCAGACAGAUUAGCCUGGCGUUCCUGAACAGUUCUAUUAAUUCCAUAUUUCCAGGGGGCGUUAGCAACAAUUACACACAAAAGUGCCUCUUGAAACAGUUGUACUGACCAACAACCAAUCAGAUGAACAAAGCAUGUGACGUAGGGUAUAGCAGCAGAGAUGUAAACAGACAGCACCAACAAACGCUGUACGUGCAGUUGUUAAUGAAAAUUAAAUGGUCCAGUUCUUUUAAAAUGAUAAAUGAUGAAAUGGUUUAAAGGAGGCGGCGCUCCUGUAUCACCGUUUCAAGAACCCGGAUUGGGUCAGUGUACCUGACACAGAGGAGGAACUGUUUUCAGUGAUUUUAGACCCACAUGCUAACUAACAAAUAUAAACAUGAGCUGUCUGACAGGUCUUGCAAUGAUAGCUAGUAAAUGAGGAAAGUAGAAAGUGUAUGGGAAGACGUUGAAGCAAAGACUUGAACCAGCCACUGCUUCAACAAGAGCUGUUUCCUCUCUACAUGGGGGCAAGUGCUUAGACUGCCAGCCAGGCCUAUCACCAAUCCCCAAACAAGCACUUUGUAGUUGUUUUCUUUUUCCCUUCAAGGACAGACCUGGCACAGCUCGUAUUUUUACUUUUAAUAAACUUGCGGCAUGAUGUUAUUCCAGCAAACUUAGAAGAGGUUGUUUGUGAGCCAAUCGCAAGAAAAUCAGUUUCUUUUCUAAGUUUAUACUUAUACAGCAAGCCAGAGUGAAGCCUGUGUGAAACUCACUUUUUAGGCUAGUCAAAUGCAUAUAUGAGGCAAAUUUCAGCAACAAGGCAAUUCAGAGAGCUUCUACAGCAAACUGAGACUCACCAGGAACAAGCAGACAAAGAAAUGGGAAAAAGUAAUAAACCUAGAAAAGUUGGUGUUUAUAUUGCAGACAUAUCUGGAGAGGUGAGUUACACGUUGUCUCUGGUCGAAACACAGUCGUGUCUGAAAUUGCUGUUGGAGUUAUCAACAAAACCACACAUGGAGAAGAAAUUCUCCUGAAAAAGCCUUAAGAUUGUAACCCCUGUUACAUCAUAAUGCCGUUAAAGUUUUACCCAAGAGCCCAGCGGCAAAAUUGUCAUUAGAUAAUAGCUGACGGGUUAUGAAAUCUUCUGUUUACAGAUCAACCUGUAUUUGUGGAGGCAGCCCAAACACAUCCAGGGCUCAGGUGUAGGUAGAGGUUGGUUUCAUGUUUCCAGAGUCAAAGUCAGUGAUGGGAAAACAAAGUACAACAGAGUGCAAAAAACAGAGUGCCAGUUCCACCUUCUUGCAUUGAUCCCACCCCCCUCUUUACACCUCUGAUACCACCUCCAAUGCCAACUCAGCAGCAGGGCAACUUUCUCCCACCUUUUCACCUUUGGGGCCUGUAAGGGUUCAGUGUACACCAUGUGUAUUUACUUAAAGUCCCACUCAGAUAGUUUUUUUUAUUACCACUUUAAAUCUUCGCAGUGUUCUUUAAAUUGUGAUUAUAAAGUUUUUAGCCAAAAUCCCGUUACCUGUGUCAUUUUUAAGGGCUUUUAUUCUGCAGAACUCCAGUCGCUCUUUAGCACUUCACCCCUGAGUCGUGGGCAGAGACAGCGCUGCUCUGCACACUUCUCCUCGUGUUAGCUUGCAGCCUAAAAUUGCCGGUGUAGUAGAAGUAGCAGGUAACAUAGGAGCUACUCAGCUCUCGGACACUAUUGUCUUUAGGGACAUGAUGAAAGUUAGUAUCAUUAUUAGUUUUGUAAUGUUCCACGAUCGUCCUCUGUAUUUCUCUGGCCUGCAUAGUGGGGCUCGGGGGGCGGAGCUUGGAUUUGCUGUGUAGGAAAUCUCACUAUAUCUGAUCCUGCCGUUUGGGUCUGUCGGAGAGAUUCACAGUGAUUUGAAUGCAGAAAUACUCAGAAAUACAAUUUUGCACCAUUUUUUUAUGAUAUGUCCUGUAGCAUCAGGAAAAUGCCAUAUGAACAUGCACUAAACAAGAAAAAUAUGAUUUUCAUCAGAGCGGGUCUUUAAAUAUUAGAUCCAAACUGGGGCAUAUCCAUUAAACCCAAGGUGAUUCUCAUACACUAUUCAAUACACUUAUUUUCAAUCAGUCUGAGGAAUGAGUAUCGACCUUGGCAGCUCACUCUGCCUGUAACAACAGUAACCCAAAGUUUGCAGGUAGCUAUAAAAUUUUUGUGUGUGCGUGUUUUGUUUAAUUUUAGCCCUCUGAGCAGAUCAAAGCCAGAACAAAACCCCAGCCUGUUAUUAUUCUGCAUGAGGAAUGUCUACUGUAGUCAGGACCUCUGCGUUCCUGCCCUUUGUCCCUGGGCCCCGCCAGUGUAAUGGGGUGUAAAGUGGCUCCAGCUCCCAGUGCCACACUUGAACCUGAGAAGGGACAACACCUCCUUUCUGCCCCCGUCUCAUUAAUCUACUCCUCACUCCCAUUGAGGCAGCAUGUGGGUUAAACAGAAACUGAUCCGAACAGUGAUUCACGAUUUUACAAUAAGGAACAAAGAGAUGUAUUGAUCAUAAGUCACCUCAGUUAUUUUGCAGUCCACACAGCUGCCCACCAGGGCCAGUUGCACUUUGUCCAAAUAAAUUAUUUCCUCCACACAUCCCGAUUCAUUGCACACAAGCUCGUAGCAAGAAAGGAGACUUGUAACUAGAGGGAGGUCUGUGUUGUAGGUCUUGGUCAGGCUUUAUAUUAUGGUGCUUCUGAUUAAGUAGCUACAAUCCUGUAUCAGACAGGAAAGGGACAGCAUUUUAUGCUGAAAGCUGUCUCAUUGGUUCUCAAACAUUUAGAGUUGUUUUCAUAAAGAGAUGAUCGAGCCCAACUUUUUGAGAAACGUAAUGGCUUUAUAUUAAAAUGAGCUUAUAUGUUUUCAUUGAGAAAAAAAGAUUUUUCACUUUCAGUAUUUGACUCACUUCCAAUUUUAAUAUCCAUCCAUUUUCUACUGCUAAUCCCGUUGUGGGGGUCACGGCGGGCUGGAGCCUAUCACAGAAUUUUGGGGCGAAGGCAGGGGACACCCUGGACAAGUCACCAAUUCGGCUGACACAUAGAGACGAACAACCAUCCAUGCUCACAUUCACACCUACGAGCAAUUUGAAAGUGGCCAAUUAACCGAACCCCACUUCUGCAUGUUUUUGGGAUGUGGGAGGAAACCAGAGUACACAGAGUAAACCCAUGCAGACACAUGCAAACUCCACACAGAAAUGCCCUGAUCCGGAUAAGAACCCAGGACCUUCUUGCUGUUAGGCGACAGUGCUUACCACUACACCACUCUGCCCCCAAUUUAAUAUAUUUUCUGAUGUAUUACUCUGUCCUAAAUUUUCUUGGAGUUGGAUAUGUGCAUUGAGUUUUAAAAGUUGUUAACCCACUAAACCAUCUUCAUACAAAGCACUUAGUUUUUUGAAACAACAAACUGAAUUAUGUAUUAAAUAUGUUUGUUUUUGAUCCGGCUUUUUAAACUUAUUAUAUCGUCAGCCUGCUUUAAGGCACUAGAUGUACAUAUAUGUUUAGAUGCACAGUAAAACAUUCUGUAAAUGUGCAAGCCUAGAGUUUUUACUCUCUGAUGUGUUAAACAUGUUGUGAUCAAAGGAGGUUUAAUUCCUAUUUUUUUCACACUUCUUGUCAUCACAACAGAACCUUUUUUUAACUCAGAGAAUAACCUCUGUUUGGUGCUGUCUUUUAACCUGAGUUGUUGUACACAGACAAAAUACAAAGCUAAAGGUCAUCUCAUUACAGCUCGAUGUUUUACUCCUAAGGCAUUAUAGUGGUAUUUUACAUUACACUUUGCUUACGCUCAAAAGAAAUUCAGUGAGAUCAGAGAACCAAAACACCCUUAAGCGUGUUAUCAUCAAGAGUUCAGGGCUGACUUGCUGUCAGCAUCACUAUCAGUUUAAAAAACAUGUUCCUGUUAUCUUAUUCUGUCGAAUAAAAUCUUUCUGGGAACAUUUUUGGGGCUUCUCAUGAAGUCAACUGUUCACAGCAUCAGAUGUUCUUACCAGGAGUUAUUGAAAGUAGUGAGUCCUAUAAUGUCCUUUUAGAUAGAUUCUCAACCAGCUGGUAUGUAUUUUCGUCUCCACAUUUCAUGUUGUAGAAACCCUGCUUUCUGUGCAGCGUUACACCACUUUAUUUACAAAAUUGGAAAAGCUGACAUUUUACUUUGAAAACCCACACAUGAUCAUUUACCAAGAAGAGCCAGAAGGUUCAUUUGGACUAAAUCUGCUAUAAGUACUUGAGAGGUAAACCUAAGAAUCAAAAAAUUGAUCCAAUGAACCCAUGUGAUGCUAGCAAUCUCAUAGGAGGCACAUUUCUUUUUCCUUUUUUAAAAUUCUCUUUUAUUAGUAAUUUCAUCACUAAAACCUAAAGAAAAGAGAAAUCUAGCUGUGAAUUUGCUGAUAUGUCAGACACCCUGCAAACCAAAUAAAAAUUUUGAUUUGACAAAGAAAUGUAUUUCAUAUUAACACAGCGUUCAACUUUACAUAGCAUUUAAAACUGGUGUGAGGAACUUGUGGUUUGGGUUUGUUUUGGCGCCCUCUGAGGACAAAGUGAUACCUUAUAUAUCAUGUCCUGAACAUGUGAAAGUGUUUUCAGACGUCAUGUAUUCUUUCACUAGUGUAAUGUAUCACUUACUGUGUGUAUUUGCUGUGAAAAGAGUUUUAAAAAAAAAGCCUUUUCUUUAGCCUGCUGUCAAUCAUCCAGCCUGACACCUGCCCUCUCACAGCAGUCUCAGGCAUUACAAAUUACAACAGGGAAAGGAUCAGUCAUGUUGCUGAUGGUCUUUUUUGCUUUGAAGGUCAUCAGUUUGGGCCCAUAUCCCAAAUUGUUAAAAACUCCUUGUUGUGCCUCUAACACACUGUGUUAAUACUCUGAAAACAAAAAAAUAUAUUGAUAAAGUGAGCGUCUGCCCCCCAGCAGUCCAGUAUUUCACAUGACCUUCUAAGUCAUCGUAUGUAACAAGAGAAGAAUGUUUUUGUGUUUUCUUUGUUGUGCCAAACCCAAGAUCUUUUACAACCUCCAAGCCCUUCAACCACUCAAUGGAGUACAGCUCCUUUAGCAGAAUCAAUCCGAUACUUUUACUUUUAUUCCUACUGCACAUAUUCUGUAACUGUGAAGAGAUGUAAAACAUGAUCGAUGAAGUAUCCCGCGAGAUGGUUAAGUUUCAAGUAUCCCAUAUAGUCACCUCAGUGUUGAUUUAACUAACCGUGAAACUAGUCAGACAUAGAUAAAGCAGGUAAAUCAUAGAAGAUUGCGGAUAGCAUGCAUUUAGCUGUUUUAGAGUUGCACUGUAAUUUAUAUUAGCUCAUGUCUCUGGCUUGCAAUCUAAAUAUUGACCCUUCUCAGCUUUGAUUUUGGUCUCUAUGAAUGGCAAAUUUAUACCUCUUGUUUCACCUUUGCUUCUCCAGCCAUUGAUGUUAGGCAUUUUCUUUAAUGUUGAAAGAUAUUUAUGGUGAGUUAUAAAUUAUGAUAUGAGACAGACAACAGGGGGACUUUUUUCAUCAAUAAACACAACUCUCUCAAGCAUGGGACAAAAACACCCAUGAUUCAAGGGUUUGUCCACUGGGGGUGCCAAAGUCAACACAGACAGAAAGUUCUCCACAGGAGCUUUACAACCAGAACAAUAAGCUGAAAGAAGCUAAGACGAAACUUAAAGGGAGUCGAGUUACAGCCGCUAUUGUUCGAUCGUUUCUAAAGUUGGUAUAACUAGAGAAGCAAGCGGUCGGCAAAAUUAAUCUCUUGGGUGUUUGUAUUUGUAUUUAUAUUUCUUUAUUUAGCACAGAUUAAAAACAGUGCAAGGAGGGAACGAAGCUGAUAGGCUUAUACAGAGUUCCACUCCCGUCAGGGCAGUAAAGGCAUAGGGUGCAAACAACAAAGUAAUUAGGACAGAAACAGGUUAUAAAUAUACAAUGAGUGGGGAAAGGUCAAAACAUAUACAAAUUGUCAUAAAUAGAACACAGACUAAUGAUCAACCAGCCAAACCAGAGAUAGAGAAAUUACAAGUUUACAUAAUUAGAAAGGAAACAUGAACAUUACAGGUAAUGACGUGUUAAGACACGAUUAGAUGUGUUAUGGUGUGUUUGACCCGGAAUAUCCCAUUAAAUCUAUGCAGGUCUCUAAAGUCUCUGUCCAUUGUCCCUGAGAACACAUUUUCCUAAACCUUAAUGUAAUCUCCGGUUAUUGCGCCAUUAAAAAUUAACGUUAAAGGAAAAAUAGAUUAAAAAUGAAGUUUCAGCUGUUUCAGUCAGUUUUAAGACUACUUUAUUUGUUCACACAAAGGUGCUACUAAGUGUUGUCUCAGCUUGUGCUUUUUGUUAAUUUCAAUUUAACAGCUAAAGAAGCGCAAAACACUUUUCCUCCCUUUGAUUUAUUUUCUCAGCUUCAACCAAGCAAAACCUUCCAAUCAGGUGCCAGUUUCUCUUGACCAUUUAUUCUCUGCUUGCUUCCUGACAAUGCCUUCUUUCUUUGAGAGAUUUGGUGUCGUGUUAGCUGCAGCUCACCUCUAGUUCCAGUUUGUUAUCAUUUGUAUGAAUUAUCACUGAUGCGCUUGAGUGGUGAGCAGACAUUGGCAUGGGCACGGAGAAGACAGGGCCUUGAGUAAAGCAAAUGCCCUCAUCCAUCAUCCCAAUAUAGAGCUCUCAGUGGAGCGCAACCAAUGUCUGCAGCAGGCAAACACCCAGAAAUAGCAGAUGGAGGAAGAGAGGGAAAGGGAGAGAGGGGGAUUGGGCUGAGCCGAUUUGUUUUCUGUGCUUUGUUUUUCUGUAUGUGUGUUUUUGAAGUUGAUUAAAUCUCGACCACCUGUGGUGCUUUUUGUUGUUUGAUGGCAGUAAUUGCAGAAAAUGUGUUUCUGAGCUGAUCAGCAGACAGCAGAGAUCCAAUACAUCUGUGCUUUUGGGAGUGAAAAUCCUCACUGUACAGUACAUGCAAAGUUUAGUAAAAUACUUCAAUGACGUCCGUCUCUUUUGUCUAUUUUUAUUUUACUUUCAAUUGUCUGUCCGUACUUUAACUUUUCCUUUACUUUGUUGUGUUUAGGUAGCAUACCUGAGACUGUGAGAUCAAAAGUUGGAUGCCUGAGGGAAAAACCCCACCCAUGAGUGUGGUAGAAAAUUGAAGACGACCACAAACAGCUGGAGGAGAAACUUCUGUGGACGUGAACAACAUUUCUGUAUUUGUUUAAUUAGCAUCCUGCAAAGACUUCCAGUAAGUAUAAGAAAAGAGAUAAUUGCAGAGCAUGCAGUGACUUGUUUAGUCAAGUCUAAGUUGUGGUUUCUAGUUGUCUCUGUUUCACAUAUAAACAUAUUUCAUGCUGAAACAGGUUGCUACCAGUCUAAAUUUUAAUGUACAUUCAGUAAAUACUCAUCAAAACUUUCCUUUAUUGUAACAGUGAUCACACUGUAUCCUAUAUUAAUUGGUUCUUAACUACAUGCGUUAUCCACUAAAUGUGUAAGUUAGUCAAUUUUGUUGGUCUCCUGGACUUUGUUUUGUAUUUUUCCUACCACUCUUGACCAAAACAGAUUAAACUGUUGUAUUUUUGGCAGUA